UUAAAUUCAUUUUAUCAAAGCCGAAAUGAGUAAUUAAAAAUAUCAUAUUUAAUAGCUUCAUCUCCCGCUAAUUACAGUCGCGGGGAUCCCAUUCUUGCAUUUGCAGAUGCCAAACCUCUCUUCUCGACAAUGGCGUCGACUAUCCCCGAAGAUCCUUCCACUCCGAUGUCGCCUCCGCCAGCUGAUAGCUCCGACGCCGAGCGCCGCCUCCGUGAAGCAGAGGACCGACUUCGCGAGGCCAUCGAGGAACUUCAGCGCCGCCAGCGCAGGGCCGCCGCCUGUGGAUCCCCGCAACAACCGCCUUGUCACCACUCCAGCGAUGAGUCUUGUGUCGCCAACGCCAUUGGUAACCUUUGCCAGAGCUUCCUUCUAUCCUAUGGUGUCCGAGUCGGUAUUGGCAUCCUCCUUCGCGCCUUCAAGCUUGUUCGCGGCCAGUCCUAUUCUUCACUGCUUGAUCUCAAGCAACUUGUUUCAGAGAAAGAUCUUAUAGUAAGAGAAGAAGCAUGUCGUGUUGGUUUACUUUUUGGUGGCUUCACUGGAUCAUACCAUGCUCUUAGAUGCUUGUUGAUAAAGUUGAGGAGGAAAGAAACUCCAUUAAAUGUAGUCAUAGCAGGUUCCGUUGCUGGUUUGUCUAUUUUAGCUUUAGAUGAUUCAAACCGAAGGCGCACACUAGCUCUAUAUCUGUUGGCUAGGUUAGCUCAGUCUGCUUACAAUUCUGCAAAGUCCAAGAACAAGUUUCCCGUUUGGGGAAGCCAUUUGAGGCAUGGGGACUCGUUGCUUUUUUCCCUUGCAUGUGCACAGGUUAUGUAUGCCUUUGUUAUGCGUCCAGAGAGCCUUCCAAAAUCAUAUCAAGAUUUCAUUCAGAAGACAGGGCCAGUUGCAAAGCCUGUGUACAAAGCUGUGAGAGAUUGUUGUAGAGGAUUUCCAGUGGACAUUACAUCACUCUCUGACUAUUUGUCGAAAAAAAGUAACUCCAACUUUGUAAAGUUGGAAAAGUUCCCCUCCAUCAUCCCUUGUUCUGUUAUUCAUCCAGAAACAAGUUCUUGUUUAGCUCAUAAUGCAAAAGCAGCAUCAGCUACUUUCAGAAAAACAUUUCCUCUUUAUUUCUCCUUGACAUUUGUACCAUUUGUCGUUCUGCACUUACAGAAGUUCUUAAGUUCUCCUGCUCGUACCUGUUGGCUUGCUGUCAAAGGCGCUGUUCGUUCAACAUCAUUUUUGUCUGCUUUUGUUGGAAUCUUUCAGGGGGUCAUAUGUUUACAUAGAAAAGUUGCAUCAAAAGACCACAAGCUUGUAUAUUGGAUUGCAGGUGGAUUAUCCGCACUUUCAGUACUAAUAGAGAAAAAGGCUAGACGUGGUGAACUUGCUUUGUAUGUUCUUCCACGAGCAGGGGAUUCCUUAUGGUAUAUCUUAGUGAACCGCCACCUGCUACCAAAUAUCAAGAAUGCCGAGGUGUUCUUGUUUUGUAUGUGCAUGGGCGGAAUCAUGUAUUACUUAGAGCAUGAACCUGAGACCAUGGCUCCAUUCCUAAGGGGCCUGAUUCGCCGCUUCCUUUCCAGCAGAAUAAGCAAUCCCAGCCCUCCGCCUAAUCGGAAUGCUUCCUACACUUAUUUGCAAACUCUUGAUGCUAUGAAUAUGCCAAACUUGCAGGAGAACGAUGAAGCUGAAGCUAAAGCUAAAGCUUUGCCUUCUGCGAAAUACAAUCUCGAAUCAAUACCAGGGCUGUAAGUCGAAUAUGGGGAACGAUCAAUACUAAUAGAGAUGGACACAGAUCUAACAGAUUUCUUGAAAGUUUUCUUAUAGUUCGGGGGAUCUUAUUAAAUGAAACUCAAUAAUUUUGUCUCUUCUCAUUCUUGUACAAAAGUCAAACUUCGGUAUUUGAUGUACUUGAUUGAUUACUAAUGAAAUCAAUCAGAUUGAACUUGUUUGAAUUCAUAGCAAAAAAACAAAAAAGUUUGAUUAGUUUUUCUUCCUCUGGACGAGAAAUUCUAAAUGCGCUUUGGAAUUCCUUUUUUUUUUCC